AUGGGCAAUGCAUGUGGCCAGAGCUUGUUCUGCAUGAAAGACUUUGCAUUGUGUGCACACUACAUUGAGAAGGAGAAGUGCCUCAUGAGAAAGUUGACAGAUCUCCCCAACAAUUCCAUUGUAAAUCUUCUUGCACCUCUGCCCACUUGGCAGAAAAGGGGUGGGGGCCACAGUGCUGGCCAGAAUGCAAAACCAAAGAAUCCCAUCCCUCAGUCUUCAACAGCAGUAGCAACACCUGUCUUCCAUCAGUGCCCCACAGACUCCCAUUGCUUUAGUUUCAGUGUUCCAGCUCAACAGCCAGGUCAUAUCAUGCCUCCCAGGCUGGAACCUGACCUUCAAGUGCUCAAUAAUCCUUAUAUUGCCACAAUUCAGGGAGACCAAGUUCCCAGUAAUACAUCUUGUCCACCAACACCCCAGCCCAACUAUCAGUGUCGGUUUAUCCCCCACCAGCUGCCUGCUACUGUCCCUGACUCUUGUAUUGACCCCUCCCUUGAUAGCUUGCUCUCAUCAAGACAAACUUCGGCAACUGCUGAUGUUUGCCACAGGAGUUUGGAGAAGCUGUCAUCAGAGGGCUUCUCAGAAGAGGAGUCAGAGUCCUCAAGUAAUAACCCAUUGGAUGCAGAGGCUGGUGAGGUCUCUGGCAAUGAGUCUGACAAAGAUGAGGACAAUGCAUUUGGAUGGGGUGCAAUGAAUCUUAGGCAAUCAACUCAUCCUGGCUUCUCCCAAGAAACAAUGACAAGCAAUCCUAUUUGCUACAAUUCCUUACCCCCUGACCAUGAGUUUCAGUACUCACACAAUGAGGAUGACAAUGCAGCUCUGCGAAGCUUACAAUCCAAGGACAAGGCUCAGCCAGAGGGUUCCCCACAUGGCACUGUUGUCAACAUUCUUGAAUGCCACCAUCACACUAACUGUCAUCCUUCUGUUCCCAAUCAUGAUCUUCUGACCCUUGCACAUGACUUGGUCAAUGAAGUAUCUCAGUGCACCAGAGCCCCUCAUAACUCCAAGAAAGCUAAGGAUGAGGACCAAUUGCCUUCACAACUGAGAUUUUACAAGGCAGUAUGGAAGGACUGUUACUGGCCUGACCACAAGCAAGAUAUGGCAUGCCUUCUCCUUGGUGAUAUAUCUACCUGGCAUUCAAAAUUGAAGUCAGUUAUGCUGGCAACCAUGCCAUCUGCAUUCAACCUUAUCCCUCCUUCUGAUGCUGCACCAUGGGUUCAUAUAAGUGUCCUGAGUCCUUCAACAAUUCAGUUCCCCUUUCCUGUCUGGCUCUUGUCACAGCCAUGUAUCAUUGACAGCACAGGAAAGACAAUGCCUCAAUUCUCUGGCAAGGCUUACAAUUCCAUUUUCCAUGGCAUGAUGAAGGUGCUGAACAACAUCCUUCAUAAUCCCUAUCACAGUGCAAGGUUGCGUGAUCAGCUUUCUCAGUGGGUGAAGGAAGGAUGGGCUGCACUGCAAGAGGUUGAUUUGAAUGUAGAGAGGUACCAGCACAUUCGGGCAGUCCUUGAUUGA